CCGUACGAAUGUGGAAACACUGUCUCUGACCGACUCAUAAUUUUUGACUCUCCAAAUCGCACUACACAUGAUCACAACAUCUCUUCAGAUCUACAUUUAAGCUUUCAUCCUCUGCUCCCAUGACCAAAGCCGUCAACUUCUCCACCGCUCUACGCACACCCUCUUCUUGGACCCCUGCUCUCCGCAGAUGGAUGGCGUUCAAGCGACAAAAUCUCAGACCCACUCGCCGAUGUCGUUCAUUAAGUCCGACAUUGACUUCGAGCUUCAGUCUCCGUCACGGUGAGGAAACACUGUUCGAAGCUCAAGACGCCGGCAUUGAAGAGCAUGAGCAAGUAGUGGCGGAAAGAAAUAUACUUAGGGAUCAACUGGCUCGGAGAAAUGAGGAAAUUAAAAAGUUUAAAGCAGUUGUUGAUUCUGCAUUGAAGGAAUUGAGCAAUGUAUUUACUCGUUUAAAGGAAGUUUCUCCUUCUAAUGAAGAAGAAGAUGGAAGAAAAAUAACUCAGCAGCCGAUAUCCCCUGAAGUGAAAUCAGCUGACAAAUGUGAACAACAAAAAGUUGAGCCAAAAACACCUGAAGUAAGAGCAACAGGAAAACGCAGAAACUAUAUAUGGGGACGAUCAAGUGGAGAUGAUUCGUUGCCACCUUCAAAAAAGUCUCAUCUCAGCCGGAGCACAGAUGAAAGGAGACAUUCAAGUUACGUUGAAGAAGUGGUUUUGAAAACUUACCUCGUUUGGAGCAUGGCUUGCUGUAUAUCUUCAGCUUUUAAAGGAAAAAAAUCGGAUGAAAAGCCUUGAUAGUUCAGUGAAAGACUUGAGGUAACUAGCUUAUAUACACUUCCAAAGAGAAAGUGAUUAUGUUUAACAAUUUUCUCUGGUGGCAUGUUAUGUAUUGACCAAUUACUCAACUGAAAAUUGGUAGUCAUUUGUUAAUAUUGAU